GACUGAGAGGAUCAGAGAAGAAUACAGCAAUCCUGAUUAAUUACAGUGUUCAUAUUUGUUUUUUUUUGAUUGGAUGUCGUUGAGCCACAUGUAGCGUGUGAAUUAACUUUAUGAGAAUGUUUUUUAAAUAACAAGGAAGCGGCUACCGCGGUCAAACAAAUGCCACAUCUGGGUGUUCAAUUCAUUCGGUGCUUAUUUUGCUAACUACCCAUCCUUACCUGGAUUCACAGAGCAAUGUGGUCAAUAACACUAUAAAUAUUCAAAUACUGAUGAUACCCAGAAGCUACUACUUCCUUCUGUCUCUCUUCUCUUCAUUUGGGAGUACAGUAAAUGCCUUCCUCUCCCCUUUUCCUGCGGUUUAGCUGUUAAUUACUCUUCAACAAUGGCAGAUUCACUCAGAACUCCAUUUCUGAAGGGUUCUUCCAAGGAGGAGGAGAAGGAAGAGUCAUAUAUUGUACGCUUGGAAGAGAAGAGUGAAGAGGGUGUUUCAGAUUCUGGAGAUUUUUGCAGAAGGUAUUUAACAGAGUCCAGAAAGUUAUGGGCGAUUGCAGGUCCUGCUAUUUUUACUCGGCUUACGAUGUAUGGGACUAAUGUCAUAACUCAGGCUUUUGUUGGUCACUUGGGUGAUUUGGAGCUUGCUGCAGUUUCUAUUUCAAUAACAGUUUUUGUUGGUUUCAACUUCGGCUUGCUGCUAGGUAUGGGUAGUGCCUUAGAAACAUUAUGUGGACAAGCCUUUGGGGCUAAGAAGUAUCACAUGAUGGGAGUGUAUCUGCAGCGCUCAUGGAUUGUGCUUUUCGUGGUUUCUCUCCUGCUGCUACCAAUGUACCUUUUUGCAACCCCUAUUCUGAAAUUGAUGGGGCAGAGUGAUGAAAUAGCUCAACUAUCUGGCACACUUGCUGUCUGGUUUAUUCCUCAGCACAUAGGAUAUGCUUUCUCUCUUCCUCUUCAGAGAUAUUUGCAAUCACAGCUUAAAAAUGCAAUUAUUGCAUGGCUCUCUGGAGCAGCCUUUAUUGUCCAUCUAUUUUUGAGCUGGCUCCUAAUUUCACAGUUCGAAAUGGGUAUCGUGGGAGCUGCAAUAACAUUAAACUUGUCUUUAUGGCUGCCUCUCAUUGGACAAUUUCUCUAUGUCAUCUGUGGGGGCUGCCCGCUCACAUGGAGAGGAUUUUCCCGAGAGGCAUUCGUGGACCUCUGGCCUUUCAUCAAGCUGUCUGUGGCUUCAGGAGUUAUGCUAGUUUUGGAAAUAUGGUAUUACAGAGUAUUGAUUCUCCUGACUGGGCACCUCAAAAAUGCCCAGGUUGCGGUGGAUUCACUUGCCAUCUGCAUGAACAUCAAUGGAGUUGAGGUGAUGAUACCACUGGGAUUUCUAGCUGCCACUGGGGUGAGGGUUGCGAAUGAGCUUGGCAGUGGAAAUGGAAAAGGUGCAAAAUUCGCAGUGAUUGUGGCAGUAACAACCUCCAUGGUGAUCGGUCUUCUCUUUUGGGUUCUCAUUCUCACAUUUCGCAAUGACUUUGCUCUGAUUUUCACACAGAGUGCAAUCAUUAUUGAGGCAGUAUCCAAAUUGGCAUACUUGCUGUCAUUUACUAUUCUUCUGAACAGUGUGCAACCAGUUCUCUCAGGAGUAGCCAUUGGAUCAGGAUGGCAGGCAAUUGUUGCUUAUGUUAACAUUGGUUGCUAUUAUGUAAUUGGUGUUCCGCUUGGUGUGAUUCUUGGUUGGGUGUUUCACCUCAAGGUUUUGGGAAUAUGGGCUGGAAUGAUAAGUGGGACAGCGGUGCAGACACUUGUUUUAAUUAUAAUCACAUACCGCUGUGAUUGGGAUCGAGAAGCUGCGAAAGCGAUAGAACGUGUAAACACAUGGUCUUCGGAUGCUCCUUCCAGGACUCUUCUGAAAUAGUUGUUUAUUACUAAAUUUAAGAUUGUUUAUUACUAAAAUUUAGAUUGCUGAUCGGGGCUGUAAAUUAUCUACUGAUUUAUAUUUUAAGGGACUCCCUAUUGGCGAAAGGGAGGAAAUUCUAUCCCCUUUCCCAACCUUCCCAUUAUCAAGUUUUGGGUAUUUUUCUUCUUUCUUGAGUUGGGUUGGGUUGUUGCCCAUUUGACAGGCUUGUUUGUCCUGUCCGACUUUGUUCUUUUGGGGUUUGCACCCCUGCUUGGUUUGUUUAAAAUUGAUAGUCUCUGUCUAUGUAAAGGGUCAGUGCCCUAGUUAACACUGCUUUUUUAAUCAAGAACAUUAUUUUUUUUCGCA